GUCAGAAAGCGAUUUCAACGCGAAGUACAGGAUGACAUCUAUACUUGCGGGUUUAGCCUACCGCUAUCUCGCUUGGUCCGCGCCUUCCCGUUGCCCUUUCCCGUCAGCCAACGGACAGCUGCCUAAACAGACGCCUCCCAUAAGCUUUCCAAUAUAUGUGUACAGCCACCGUGGUGGCAACCUUGAAACCAACGCAGCUGGGCACCGCUUCGUAGAGAACACGCUGCCCGCAUUUCGCAAUUCUGUCGCUCUCGGUGUCGACCUGCUGGAGCUGGACGUGCAGCUUACUCGUGACGGUCAAGCAGCUGUUUUCCAUGACCGUGAGCUAGGACGGCUUUGUGGGCCAGGCUUUAAGGGAAAGCGCAUUGCUGACUUCAGUUACAAGGAUUUGCCUAGACUGGGCUGUGCCCAUUCCAGCCAAGGCAGCCUUAAGCCUUUGGUACAUCAGCACAACUCUGACGAAGAUGAUUUACGAAUCCCGCUUCUUCGCGAAGUCUUCGAGGCCCAUCCCAGCAUACCCAUCCAGAUUGACCUUAAAGUCCCCUCGCAACAGCUGGUCAAUGUCGUGAACGACCUUGUAAGAGAGUACCGCCGCGAGCGUCUGGUGCUCUGGGGCAGCUUCAUUCACACCACCAGCAACGCCCUGUAUGCCGCGAACCCAAGCAUUCCUCUGUUCACAUCUGCCCCUCGUGCCUUUCUGCUACUCGCUGCACAUUCUGCUGGUCGGCUAAAGGACGUGCACAUCUACGAGAGCGCUAUGAUAAUACCUUGGCGCUUCGGUUAUGCGUCCGAAGGAGCCUGGUGGCGCCCUAGCCUGUUGCUACCCGACUUCUUUCGGGAACUCCACUCCAGGGGAGUCUCCGUCGUACUGUUCGGUGGCAUCAACGACGAGGCCACCUUCGAGGCGUGUACGGCAGCGGGGGCCGCCGCGCUGUGCACCGACCACCCCUCCCGCCUGCUGCGCUGGAUGGCAGCGGCUGCAAGGGGCGCACCAGGAGCGGCAGCAGCAGGAGGAGGAGGGGCAGCAGCAGGAGGGGCGGCGACGAUCCCGACAGCAGCAGAGGCGCCGGGAGCAGUGGCCACACCACUGGCGGGGACAGUGCUGCCCACCGCAGUACCGGUGGCGGCGGGAGGGGCAGCAGCGGCGACUCAUGCCGGG